AAAUGGCGGCGGACCAGGGCGGCGCCGUCUCUACCAAUCUAAACCUGGAAGGUGGCGCGGGUCUGGCGCUGAGCUGACGCACCAGAACGUCCUGGUAACGAUCUCGGCCCGCCCCCUGGGGUCCGUCAGCUAGGCCACUCAGAGCCGCAGCCAGAUUCACACGCCGCGGAAACCCAGGGGAGAAUCGGCCACUGCCUCCGCAAGGUCCCGACGGGGCGGGCCAAGCUCCGCCCCUGCGCGCUCCGACUGGCUCUAGGUCCCGAUUUGCCCCUUUCCCUCGUUCUCAUUGGCCUAGGUAUAGCCCAGUAGCAUGGAGCCGCACCGCUCUCUCCGCGCUCCUAUUGGUUCAGGGUUGUAGCGCAUCCGCUCCCAGAGCUUUCAUUGGUCGAGCCGAGCCACUAGGGGUAGGGCAGCACUGGAGCGACGACAACAAAGGGCGGCAGGCGGCGGUGACCGCGUCUCCUGGUGCUCUCCUCAGGCUGCGCACCCAGACCUGCCCGCCUGGCUCCAGAUGAAGUGUGAGCACUGCACACGGAAGGAAUGUAGUAAAAAAACAAAAACCGAUGACCAAGAGAAUGCAUCAGUCGAUGUACCAAGUCCAGCCCAGGAGAAUGGAGAGGUACAUCAUUGCUUCCAAGAAAAAAAAUAAUCAAAAAAUCAAGAAGGGGCUAAAAAACCCAUGCCAGAAGCCAAACAUGCAGGUCAGUUGGAGGCACACGAUCUUCAAGAAGGGAGAAUUCCAUAAAUUGGCUGAUGCCAAGAUAUUUCUGAGUGACUGCCUGGCCUGUGACAGCUGUGUGUCUGCGGAGGAAGGAAUCCAGGUUUCCCAGCAGAACGCCAAGGACUUCUUCCAAGUUCUGAACCUUAACAAGAAAUGUGAUACCUCAAAGCACAAGGUGCUGGCAGUGUCAGUGUGUCCUCAGUCUUUGCCUUAUUUUGCUGCUAAAUUCAGCCUCAGUGUGACUGAUGCAUCCAGAAGGCUCUGUGGUUUCCUCAAAAGUCUUGGGGUGCAUUAUGUCUUCGAUACAACCAUCGCUGCAGAUUUCAGCAUCCUGGAGAGUCAGAAAGAGUUUGUGCGUCGAUUCCGCCAGCACAAUGAGGAAGAGCCCGCGUUACCUAUGCUGACCUCUGCCUGUCCCGGCUGGGUCCGCUAUGCUGAGCGGGUGCUGGGUCACCCUGUCACCCCCCACCUCUGCACUGCCAAGUCUCCCCAGCAGAUCAUGGGGUCCCUGGUGAAGGACUACUUUGCCAGACGGCAGAACCUGUCCCCAGACAAGAUUUUCCAUGUCAUCGUGGCACCGUGCUACGACAAGAAGCUGGAGGCCCUUCAGGAAGAUGUCCCCACGGCCUCUCGGGGUUCUCGGGGCACUGACUGUGUGCUGACCUCAGGUGAAAUAGCUCAGAUGAUGGAGCAGAGUGACGUCUCGGUGAGAGAUGCUGCCCUGGAUACUCUGUUUGGUGACGUGAAGGAGGAGGAGCUGAGGCGCCAUGAUGGAGCCGGCUCUGACGGGUACCUGGCACACAUCUUCAGACAUGCGGCCAAGGAGCUGUUCAACGAGGACGUGGGGGAGGUCACCUACCGGGCCCUGAGAAACAAAGACUUCCAGGAGGUCACCCUUGAGAAGAGCGGAGAGGUCCUCUUGCGCUUUGCUGCAGCUUAUGGCUUUCGAAACAUCCAGAACGUGGUCCUAAAGCUGAAGAAGGGCAAGUUCCCGUACCACUUUGUGGAGGUUCUCGCCUGUGCUGGUGGAUGCCUUAAUGGCAGAGGCCAAGCCCAGACCGCAGAUGGGCGCACAGACAAGGCCUUGCUGCAGAAGAUGAAAGGCAUCUACGCUGACAUCCCCGUGCAGCUCCCAGAGGCCAGCACCCAUGUGCAGGAGUUGUACCAGGAGUGGCUGGACGGCACCGACUCCCCCCGUGUCCAGGAAGCCCUGCACACUGCGUACCAGGGCCCAGGGCAGCCCACUGACAGCCGAGACAUCAAGUGGUGAAGAUCGAGGAGACUGGGAGGCGGGCCUAUCAGCUGCCUGAGGACGGAGGAGCUACCCUGUGUGGGUAUCAGAGACACUAAAAGAAAACAGCUCAGCUUUCCUUUUACCACUUUGGUUUUUCAGAAUCCUCUGCUACCCCCAUUUGUCAGCAGCCCCCUCCCUCAGUUCGAUGUGGUGCUAUCUUCGUAAUAUGUGUGUAAUUGGAAUAUUUUAACAGGAGAGAAGAGUUGCCCCAAUUUUGAGUUUCCUUUAAGACUAAAAUAUUCCAAAGAACAAGAAUGGAGACAGACUACUGUCUUUCAGGCUUAAAAAAAAAAAUCCAAAAAGUGUCCUAUGAAGAGUUAAGACCCCAGAAGUUGUGAUUCACAUGCCCCAGAGAGAUUUGAUGUGGCAAUGACAGGAAGCAGGCAGGCUGCGGGGGUUGUGGGCCAUGGUCUGUGGUCUUCCCAGUUGGCUGUUGUUUUUACAAACCAUGUUUUUUAUUCCUGAGAAUGGUUUUGCCAAAAUUUGAAUAAACUGCAUCCUUUUGGAAUUGGGGGGCUCAUAUGAAUCUGGGUUUUCAGUUUCUCUAGAGAAAAGUUUUAGCAACAGUGGGCCGUGUUUCUCACUGCCGCAGUGGCCGGAAUGCAGUGGCAGCCGCCUCCUGGGACCAGCCCGUCUAACUGUGGGCCCGGCAGGCUCUGGCCGCUUAUACCCCAAACUCAUGCUUUCACAUUCAGUCUUUAGGUGAGCUCACCUCGAGGCAGAGGGAGGCCUGCGAAGGGUGACAGGUGUUACAUAUGGAAGGACGGGAGAGGCAGCUGACCUGCUUAGGCCAGACUGGUCAGGAGUCCGCCUGCUUCGUUCUUCUCUGGGUGGGAUCAGACAGGUGACAGCCAUUCUGUCCCCAACCUCAGAUGAGGCAGCUUCUCGAUGGUCUUGCCUCUCCCCACCCGCCCCCGCCAUCAUCCUCACAUACUGUGGGCCUGGCUUAUCCACAUGGCUCCUGAUGGGACCCCCCCCAAUCUGGCAUGUAGUGCUCGUGUGAGCUCGCCUUAAAGAUAAAUGGAAGAGAACAGUUUUCCUAUAAACAGAAAGGGCUAGCAAAGAAUUGGAAAUUACAGAAUCACAAAACUCCAUAUCAGGGCUCAUCCUGUGAAACGAAAGACAUCUGUGGACAGGCCUCCAGUUGGUUCUUCAAAGCACUUGAAUUUUGUUAACGUGGAUGGCAGCGACGUUCUUGGAUUCCUCAGUGCUUAUAAAGCCUGAACUGUCAGAUUUCCUUCAUUGACUCUAUGUUGUAUUGUACCUGUAUGCCUAUUGGGGUUGAAAACUGGAUAUAUUGUGUGAAAUUGUAUAUUUUUUGCUUUCAACCUAUGUAUAAUUGGAUUUCUCUCUUCUGCAGUAACUGAUGAUGGAAUAAACACUUCAGGAGUGUCUGAA